AUGACCUGCGUGACUACUACCACUACCACUCCCUAUCAAUUCCAACUGCCGCCAUUACAGACCGAGCAAAGAGACGUCGCCAUUGCUAUAUAUGUAUACAUCUCAUAUGUCAAGUUUUUAACCCGUUUUCCCCCCUUUAUUUCCUCCUGAAUUUUGUUUUUUUUUGUCUGAAAAAUCCAAAUACAACUAUCUUCGUACUGAUUCUAGUAUUUAUUCAUAUAUAAAUAUAUAUAUUUGUGUAUAUUUCUUCCAUUGUCGGACAUCUACCAGAAAAAAAAGGAAAAAGAAAGAUCACCAGUAUCCAAGUUUUGUGGAUAAAAAUCAAAAUAUUCCCAAUUCAGAAUUACUAAGUGAUUUAGUAAAAGAAAAGACAGACUAACUAUUUGAUUGGCAAUCUAUUUGAUUGAAUUUAUGAAUCUUUAAUUCCAUAAAUUUGGCAGAAGGCUUCGAUGUAAGGGAAAAAAAUUCAUCCAAGAAGGCUCCAUCCCCAGAGAUAAAAAAGAAAGGAAGGAUCCUCCAACGGAUUUCCAUUCGAACGAAUCUUCUCAUAGAAGUGAAAAAUUAUUAAGAUUUGUUUAAGAUUUAGUUAUCAACAACCAUAGGGCUCGUGAACAGUUUCUGUCGUGGAAAGAACAGUCAAUUAGACACAUCUCUCUCUGUCUCUGCCUCUGAGAAGGACACCAGCAGCUUUUCUGGAGACACUCCGAGGAAGCAGAGCUCGGAUUCGAACCCCCACCACCAACGGAGAGUCGAAGAAAGGGGUCAGCACCAGUACCACCGACAACAACAACACCUUGACUACAAUCGCUGCGGUUACUCGUACUAUUACGCGACCAGCGGUCGCCACCAUCACUACCACUACAUCCACGACCACCACCACCAACAACAACAACAGCAUCAGCCCCACCACCACCACCACCAACAACAACAACAACAGCAGCCCCACCACCAACAACAGCACCUCCAUCACCACCACCAACAACAACAGCAGCAGCAUCCCCAGCACCUUCUCCACCUCCAUCACCACCUUCUCCGCUACCGCCACCAUCAUCAUCUCCAGCAGCAGCUCCUCCGCCUCCACCUACACCGUCAGCAUCAUCAUCACCACCACCACCGACACAAGAAGCAAUACGACGGCGGGGUGGCGGUGGAGGACGAAACGAUGACGGGUACGGACUGUGAAGACGGUCUCAUGGUACCCAAUAACGGGAAUUUCACCUGUGGCGUUGUCGAAGGUUUCUAUGGCAGACCAUGGACAACAGAUCAACGAAGAAUUUUAUUCAAAUGGAUGAGCAAAAUGGGACUCAACACAUACCUGUAUGCCCCGAAAGAUGAUUGUAAGCACAGAGCCAUGUGGCGUGAUUUAUAUUCUGUAGAAGAAGCUGAUUGCCUGACUGGUCUCAUUGAUGCUGCUCACGAUCAGAAUGUUGAGUUUGUGUAUGCGCUCUCGCCAGGUUUAGAUAUCACAUAUUCCAGUACCAAAGAUGUCACUGCCUUGAAGAGGAAGUUGGAGCAAGUUGCUACAUUUGGUUGUACAGCUUUUGCAUUACUCUUCGAUGACAUUGAUCCCCAACUGUGUGAAGCAGAUAAGAACAUAUUCCAGUCCAUCGCUGCAGCACAGGUGUCUGUCACCAACGAAACCUACCAACAUUUAGGACAGCUAAAAUUUUUAUUUUGUCCAACAGAGUACUGUUCAGCACGUGCUAUGCCUGCAGUAUCAAACUCUGAAUACUUGAGUACAAUUGGGGCCAAAUUGUUACCUGAUGUAGAUGUCAUGUGGACUGGUAACAAAGUUGUGAGCAAGAAAAUCACUAUACAGACUUUAGCAGAGGUGUCGAAGAUCUUACAGCGUCAACCUGUGAUCUGGGACAACAUUCACGCAAAUGAUUAUGACCCAAGGAGAGUCUUUCUGGGGCCUUAUGAUGGACGCUCUCCAGAAAUUAUCCCUUAUGUCAAAGGGGUUCUGACGAACCCAAACUGUGAAUUUGAGGCCAACUUUAUCCCACUGCACACCCUUGCCCAGUGGUGCAAGUCCAAUGUCAAUGGUGUUAAGAAGGAUAUCAUUGCAGGUGACCGCUUGAGUCCAAUUGCUUCUGACAUCAAACUGGAAACUGAAAUUGAUUUCACAUCUGAUGAGGACAUCCCUGCUAAAUUCGACACACGCUACCAACCGAGGGCUGCACUGAAGGUAGCCAUCAAUGAGUGGAUCAAAGAGUUGGCAUGCAGCCGUCACUCAGUGAGGCUAACAUUUCCAAAGCCAAUUGUGCCGUUGAUCCCAUCUGUGAAUACCUGUGCCACGGUGACCUCUCCAACAAUGACUCUGCCCACGGGCAGUAUGGUGUCUCCAAUGCCAGUUGGUAUGGUCGGUGGAGUUUUUCCAAAUAGCGAGGUUGUUGACAAUUCGGCAGCAUCGUCUUACAUGCAGCCAGUGAUGGCUCCAAUCAACAGCUUGGUCGAGCCGGAUUCGGUGGGAAUCGAUGCUGAGGUAAUAGGUGACCCUCUCUGCCCAGACACUGAGCCGAUGGACUGUUUCCCCUUUGUUGCUGCCACCACCUCCACCACCACCGCCUUCAAUGCAAGCACUGGCGUUGCAGCCUCAGCCACUGUGACCUCUCCUCCCACUGCCACCACACCCCCUCCCCCUCCACCACUCUCCCCACCAUCCACUAUCUCCACUACCACCAUCACUACCACUACAACCACAUCAGACGAAGGUCUGAAAUCGGCAAGCAGUUCGCCGUCUGACAAUGUGAUGCAGGUUGACAACGCAGUUGGCUGCACCACGGCCACAACCAUCACUACCGCCACUACGAGCAACAGCAACUGUGGUAGUAGUAAUAAUAAUGGUAGUCACAAUAGUGGCAGCGGUACGGUCAGCUGUACUACUAGUUCAUCGAGUGGGUCGUUUGACUCUGCGGACAAUAUUGAGGUCUUGUCUUGUGAUGACCUGAGGCAGUUUGUUGAGCUGUUCUACAUGCCAUUUGAACAUGGCGAAUGUGGACUGCAGCUGUUACAAGAGAUGCACUGGCUACGCAGCAACGCUAACCUGGUAGCUGAGAGCAGGGCAAAGAACGGACUGAAACCAGAGGCGGAACAAUGGCAUGAAAGGGCAAAGGCAUUCUGUGAUGGAGUGGAAAAUAUCUUCACCAUAUUUGACAAGUUCUUCAAGAUCCCCAACCGAGCCAUUGCGUACGAACUCUACCCCUAUGUCUGGGACUUGAAAAGUAUCUUCAUACUAUGCAAAGCAUACAUUCGUUGGCUUAGUUUGGGCCAUGUUCCUUACUUGUCAGUAAUGCAUCAACAAGGGACCUUAACAUGGUGCACUAGUGGCUAUAAAGAAGCUUUCACAAGUGGAGAUCAGGAACCAUGGGUGUUUCGUGGUGGUCUUCAGGCAGAAUUCCAACACAUGCUGCCAAUUGAUGGCGCUCAUGACCUUUUUUUCCUGAAACCUCCAGAACCUCCCGUCAACAAGUUUUAUACGAUACGACCGUACGUUUCAGCCGACGAGCCGGCAAUAUAUGAAGUGUGUCGUAGAACCUGCGAUGACGGAAUGGAUGGCACUGAUGUUUUUCCAGGCAUGCCAGACCUUAUAGGAGACAGACUUGUAGGUGGCUUAUUAACCAUCAACCAAGAAUACUGCUUUGUUGUCGAGGACGAAAAAGGUGUGUGUUCCUAUGCUCUCGCGGCUCUUGAUGCCAAGAUGUUCCAGCAGAGGUCACAGAAUGCAUGGAUUCCAGCCAUGUGUGAGAAAUACCCGAAACCUGUCAAAGACGAGUUGACGCCUGCAGAUGAAGUGGUACUCAGUUUUCACAACCAACCACCGUGUAUUCCAGAGAGCGUGUUCCAACGCUACCCAUCGGUGAUCCGGAUGGACAUACUGCCUGGCCGCAUCUGCGACCCGACCAUCCCGUAUCGGCUGCUGGCUGCAUGCCUGUCGGCGCUGAAGACCAACGGCUCUAUUGGUGUGUUCUGUGAACUGAACGUUGGGGACAAGUACCUGCUGGAGUUCUACAGUCGUUUGGGUUUCUUUCAGUUCCUCAACCCCGAUCUCGGUCCUGAAGACACCAUCUAUCUGGGGCGUAUCAUGUAAAGGAAUCAAACCCCAAUGAUAUACAUAUAUGUAUGUGUGUGUAUGUGUAUGUAUGUAUGUAUGUAUAUGUGUGUAUGUAUAUGUGUGUGUGUGUGUGUAUAUAUAUAUAUAUGUAUAUAUAUGUAUGUAUAUAUAU